CUGAAUGACUGGUUGACUGUUGAAACAUCGUCCAUUUGCUUCAUGUUCUGGUUGUCGUCUCUGUGCUGGAGCGGAGCCGGAUACCAGAGAUGGGAAGCUACAGCCAGGAUAUGGACCAGUAUGUGCUGAACAGGGCUCCGGAGGCCAGCGUCAUGGAGCUGAGUGAGGAGUGGCAGGAUGAGGAGUUCCCCAGGCCUCUCCCAGAGGAUUCUGGGAUUCCACAGGAGGAGAGCCCAGCCACCAGCAGCGACAGACCAGCUCCACCCACCAGCCUGGCCCUCACAGGGGUAAUAGAGGGCAGGGCGAAGAAGCGUCUGACGGCCCCGACCUUGAGCCUGACACUGAGCGCUGGGUCCCACGAUGAAGGCUUCUCCACCGCUGCUCUCUCUGCCUCCCCCGAUGACACGUCGUCCCUGGACAUCAACCUGGAAGCCCUGGAGACGCCGUCUGAGAGCGAAUCCUGCAACUUCCCUGGCAGCCUGCACGAACUGGAGUGGGAGGACGACCUCCCUCGGCUGGGUAUGAGUGGGUCUGGCGGCGGGUCAGGGGGUCUGGCUAAUUCCUCAGGGGUGGAGCAUGCUGAGAUGGGUUCUCUGGAGCUGGACCAGGUGGACAGUAAGGGGCGCCGAUGGAGGAGGUUCUGCAUCACAGGACAAGAGUUCCACGUCAACAUGAGCGUCCUGGAGCCGUACCUGCAGGUCCUGUCCCAUGGAGGUUACUAUGACGAUGGUAUGAAUGCCAUCAUCCUGUUCUCCUCCUGCUACCUGCCUGAGAACUCUGUGGAAAACUACGACUACGUCAUGGAAAACCUGUUCCGGUACAUUGUUGGGACGUUGGACCUGAUGGUAUCGGAGAACUACAUCCUGGUGUACUUGUGUGGGAUGGCUCAGAGGAACAAGAUGCCAGCCAUUAAGUGGUUGCGACAGUGUUACACUUCCAUAGACAGACGGCUAAAGAAGGACUUGAAGGGGCUGUUGGUGGUCCAUCCUGCCUGGUACAUCAAGGCGCUCAUCACGCUGGUCAAACCCUUCAUCAGUGAUAAGUUCAGCAGGAAGAUUCGAUUCAUCCACAGCCUGAAGGAACUGUCGGAGUUCAUCCCGACAAACCAGCUCCAGAUUCCAGACUGCAUCCGAGAGUAA